CCUACUAAAACUACCCAAGCAGCCGCCAUUAUCGUGAACUGGGGAAUGCGGAAGAGUCAUUGAAAAGUUUGUACAAGACAUUGUUUAUGGGUAAAUAAUCCACUGGAUAUCUCACAGGACGCUGAGGUGUCCUUUAUUUAAAAACAAAACGUUCAAUUAGUGGUACACGUGACUAAGGUGGAACCAUUCAACGAUCUGACUACUAAUGACUGUUCUUCAAAAUGUCCCCUGACCCACAAAAGGGUGAGAAGACUUGGAUGAAUUGACAUCACAGAGAAGGAAGAACGGAAGCCAUUGUUAUAUGGUGGUACAAUGUAUCAGCUGUUCUAUCACUUCAUGCAUAUCGAGAUUUCAGAAAUGAUACCCCAGAAUUCAUAGCUUAAGCAAUGUUUUCUUUGGCAUUCAAUUUUAUUACCGAUAACCCUAUGUUACUGUAAAUUCAUUCGUUUUCCUCCAAAGAUGUACAAAUGUUAAAUUCUUCAUUGCUUUUUUAGCUCACCUGAGACGAUGGUGAGUUUUUCUGAUCAAAAUGUGACCGUUGUCCAUCGUCGUUGUUGGCGUUCUCCUCAUCGUAAACUUUCCUCAUUUUCAUAUUUUUUUCCAGAACCACUGGACAAAUUUUAACCAAACUUGGCACAGAGCACCUUUGGGUGAAGGGGAUUCAAAUUUUUAAAAUGAAGGGCCGUGUCCCUUCAAAAAUGCAAAAAUAUGAUGGGGUAAUUUUAAAAUAUUUUCAAGAACCACUGGGCUUGAAGAAAUAAAAUUCAUAUGAAAGCCUAUUGACAUAUUAAAAAUUUUUAAAUGUGUGCCUCCCCCCACCCUCCCCAGGGAUAGCAUGGUGCACAAAACGGGAUAAAAAAAUACAUGCAAAUAUAUAGGGAAUUUUUUUAAUGUCUUCUGAAGAGGCACUGGCCAGAAAAGUACAGAUUUACAUCAAAGGUUUCUAAUAUAGUGCAGAUUAAAAUCUGUUAAAAUCAUAGCCCCGAGGGGUUGGAUGGGGGGGGGGGGGGGGGAGUAAAAGUUUCACAUACAAAUAUAAUCCGGAUAUUUUUGAAGAUCUUCUGAAAAACCACCAUACCAGAUAUGUUUAUGUUUGCAUAAGGGGUUAUGUAAUAUUUAUUUUUUAUAGCAUGUACAAAGACUUAGUGAUAGGUAUUUUAUUUAUUCUUUUAAUAACAAAAUCUGUGCCAACUUUAUAAAUGAAAUUAGUAAUACCAAUAGUAGCUGUUUAUAAUCUGUUAUGCGUUAUCAUCCCUGUAUUUAUUUUACUUUUUAUGUGUUAUCAUCCCUGUAUUUAUUUUACCUUUUGCUAGAUAUAACUGUAUUUAUAUAUUUUUAUAGCAUAUACAAAGACUUAGUGAUAGGUAUUUUAUUUAUUCUUAAAAAAAAUUUGGUGCCAACUUUAUAAAUGAAUUAAUAAUACUAAUAGUAGCUGUUUAUAAUCUGUUAUGCGUUAUCAUCCCUGUAUUUAUGAUACUUUUUAUGUGUUAUCAUCCCUGUAUUUAUGAUACUUUAAUAUGUCUUAUUAUUCCUGUAUUUAUUAUAAUUUUUGCUAGGUAUAACUGUUGUUAGUAUAACGUUUGUGUAACUUUAUUUUUUAAAUUUUUACAAGGUAUAACUUUUUUGUAACUUUUUCUAUAACUUUUCUUGGGUUUAACUUUUUUGUAACUUUGUUCCUGCAGUUUAUAUGAGUGUAACUUUUUGAUAACUUUUUUGUAACUUUUGUCGGGUAUAACUUAAGUAUAACUUUUUGAUAACUUUUGUCAGGUAUAACUUUUUUGUAACUUUGUUCCAGCAGUUUAUAUGAAUGUAACUUUUUGAUAACUUUUUUGUAACUUUUGUCGGGUAUAACUUAAGUAUAACUUUUUGAUAACUUUUGUCAGGUAUAACUUUUUUGUAACUUUGUUCCAGCUGUUAAUAUGAUUAUAAUUUAAGUAUAACUUUUUUGUAACUUUUAUAAAGUAUAACUUUUUUGAAUUAUAACUUUUUGAUAACUUUUAUGCACUUGUUGUAUUCAUGUUGAAAUAAAAGAUGAUAACUUAUACAUGAGUAUAACUUUUUUGUACCCGAGUUAUAAGUAAAGUAUAACUUUAUUUGAAGAAGUGGUUCCAAACUCCGAUAACUUAGUUAUAACUUUUUUGUAACUUUUUUUAGUUACAAAGUUAUAACUUAGUUAUAGUUUUUUUCGGUCUGGGCUUUCCUCAUUUUCAUAUUUUUUUCCAGAACCACUGGACAAAUUUUAACCAAACUUGGCACAGAGCACCUUUGGGUGAAGGGGAUUCAAAUUUUUAAAAUGAAGGGCCGUGUCCCUUCAAAAAUGCAAAAAUAUGAUGGGGUAAUUUUAAAAUAUUUUCAAGAACCACUGGGCUUGAAGAAAUAAAAUUCAUAUGAAAGCCUAUUGACAUAUUAAAAAUUUUUAAAUGUGUGCCUCCCCCCACCCUCCCCAGGGAUAGCAUGGUGCACAAAACGGGAUAAAAAAAUACAUGCAAAUAUAUAGGGAAUUUUUUUAAUGUCUUCUGAAGAGGCACUGGCCAGAAAAGUACAGAUUUACAUCAAAGGUUUCUAAUAUAGUGCAGAUUAAAAUCUGUUAAAAUCAUAGCCCCGAGGGGUUGGAUGGGGGGGGGGGGGGGGGGAGUAAAAGUUUCACAUACAAAUAUAAUCCGGAUAUUUUUGAAGAUCUUCUGAAAAACCACCAUACCAGAUAUGUUUAUGUUUGCAUGAAAGUUUCCUGACAUAGUGCAGAUUGAGGUUUGUUAAAAUCAUGGCCCCAGGGGGUAGGGUGGGGCCACAAUAUGGGAACAGCAAUUUACAUGGGGAAAAAAUGGGCAAAUCUUCUCAAGAACCACUGAGCAAAAAAAGUUUCCAAAACAUUUCUUUUAGUGAUGUAACCAGUGAAAAUAGACUUUUCUUCUAUUCUUCUAGCUGCCACCCCCCCCCCCCCCCCCCCCCUUCCACUGCAGGGGAUCAAAGUUUUGCAUACAAAUAUACACUGGACCAGAAAAGUUUACAUUUACAUGUAAGCUUUCUGACAUAGCACUGAUUCAAAAUCUCUAUGGGGCUGGGAUGGGUUUAGGUAGGAGCCAUAAUAGGGAUUAAAGUUUUACAUUAGAAUAUGUAGGGGAAAUCAUUCUGAGAAUUUCACUUUUUAAAUGGCAUAAAUAGUAGGUUUAUGUCUUUUUGAUGCGGCAUAAACCUAUAGCAUUUGGCAUACACCUGACCAAAACUCCUUGCAGGGAAUGCACCACAUUUCCCUCGGGGCCCCUCAAAAUUCAACCAUACUCGUCUGUUCAGCCAUUGUGGUUUGAAUUCACGUUUUCUUUUUUUUCUUUUUCAUAUAGCUUGCGUUUUUCUUGUUCUGAUUUUUUUGUUUGUUUGACACCAUUUGGUUUAAUACCUGGCUUUGUGCCAUCAAAAUAUUUUAACUGCAGAACCAUUUACACAUCAUUUGUUGACCUUCACCUCAAUUUAUAUUUGCUAAGUCAGACGUAUAUUAUUUUCUUUUAACAUUCUUGCAGUAUUUGAAUAUUUGCGAAAUAAAGAAAAAAGGACAACUCUUGUUAUAUUGUUAGGGAAAAUUUCAAUUUAAAAAUCGAUCCCAAUAAAAUUCAUCAAUGCAGAUAAAAAAAAAAAAAACAUCAACAUUUAAAGACAUUCGAAUCAUACGCUGAACAUUUUGUCUAGAACACGUCAUAAUCUUCAAACCACUUACACACUUAAGUCGUAUAUUUUAAAAUUAAUGGGAGCACAAUCCAGGUCCCAAAAUAGAUUAUCACACACGUACUAUAAUUAUUUCUUUGUUUCUUGGAAUUUGGCAUAGACAAUUCGGGAUAUCUUAUUUGCACAUGACAUGGUACAACCUCAUUUGGCAUAGCCGCGGUCUAUCGGUUAAAUUCUGAGACUGGAAAAUCUUUAAAUAUGGGUUAAAGUGACUCGGGUGAGCAAUGUGGCUCAUGGGCCUCUUGUUUUAAAUAUCCUACAGUUGCCAUAUCACUGCAUAGAUGAAUUCAAUACUUUAGUUUUUCCACAGGUGAUAGCAGUUAGAUUUAUCAGCAUCACAAGAUAACAGCUAGAUAUACCAACAUCACAAGGAGAGAAGAAUGGAAAACAUGUGGUGGUUCAUACUGGACUUUCAUGAGGUCUUGCAGAACUGAGAAAAGGAAGUCGAUGUCAAAGUGGUAAUGUUCCUAUCACACAUAAAGUGAUUGUAUUCCUAAAGACCCAGACCCUCCACAUCAUGGACACACUAGGACUCAGCACUCAGCUAAAAGUACGACAAUGUUCUCAAUGUCAGAGGGACACUGAAUUUUACUGUAACACAUGUAAACGUGAUCUGUGUUUACAGUGUAAAAAGAAACAUGUUACAGAAAAUAACACCAAAUAUCACAAUGUAGUGUUCUAUAUAACUCGUCAUACCGAGAGGAGUUUUACCACACAGUGUAAACUACGACAGUGUUCUCAAUGUCAGGGGGACACUGAGUUCUACUGUAACACAUGUAAACGUGAUCUGUGUUUACAGUGUAAAGAGAAACAUGUCAUUGAUCUAGAUACCAUAUACCAUGAUGUUGUGAUUUACCGUGAGAAGUUUAAUUGUUUCCCUUUACGAAAGACUUGUGUCAGACAUCCAAAGAGAAAAUACAGAAUGUUCUGUGAUCAGUGUAACUAUUCCGUGUGUAAGCGCUGUACAGACCACAGAACACACGCGCUGGUGGAUCUUAGAACAGCCUAUCAAACAAAGCGACAACAACACAGAGAAAUCAUUGACAACAUCAGAAGUGAGACUCUCUAUAACUGUCGUGUUCUCCUGGCAGGAAUCCAAACUGAUAUCCAAACUUGUCCCCCACAAAUCUGUCACCGUCAAUCACAGAUGUCAACAAAAGCCCAGAGACUGAAGGAUCGGAUUGACACUGUGGUAUGUGAUGUUAAAACAAGAUACCGAGGUUUAUUGAUUGAUAGAAUACAACAACAGAAGAGAAAAAUGAACAGACAACUUGUUCACCUACAGAACUAUGAAGACAGAUAUGAACAAUCAGCAAACAGAGCGGUCCAAUUCCUCUUGUUUAUAAAGACCAGUCGUGUCCCCCAGAUAAAGAACAGUCCUAGUCAGUUAUUGAGUGUCAUCACAGAAAUCCAAAUGACAGCAGGAAAACGACAAGUAGGAAUAGACGAGUGUGUGAAACUGAUGUCCACACCUGUAUUACACACGUCUGUCUGUGUGACAGGUGUUAGUCGUGUGAGACACAUAUCUCGUGUGAUGUCAGACCGGGUCUGGGUCUCUGAUGAUAACAAUCUCAUCUUGACAGACACAACAGGAGACACUAUACACCGUGUGACAGAUAUAACACCAUGGUAUGGAGGAGGAGUACACACAGUGAACAGUUCUGGUGAACUGAUUUAUAUAGACAGUAAACGUAACAUCAACAAACUGUGUACAGACAAUAAAACAGUCACCAGACUGAUACAGAGUACAUCACCAUGGUUACCACGGUGUGUGUACUGCUCCCCGUCCACUGGAGAUCUGAUGGUGGCGAUGCGUAACACUGAUACAAAGACAGGCAAGGUAACCCGGUACAACAGUAGUGGUCAACACAUCCUGACCAUACAACACGACAACACAGGUCACACUCUGUAUAGUGCUCCUCUCUGUAUCACAGAGAACAAUAACGGUGAUAUCAUUGUGUCUGACUGGAUUAAUUCUAACCGUGGUGUUGUAGUGGUGACAGAGCGCGGGGGCAGACAUCGAUUCUCCUACACAGGACCUCCAUCAGGAUCAUCACUAGAACCACGUGGAAUCUGUACAGACGCGCUGUCACACAUCCUGGUGUGUGAUUAUAACACCGACACAGUACAGAUGAUUGACAAGGACGGUCACUUCCUGUCUCUGUUACUGACACAACACGGGAUAAACAGACCAUACAGCCUGAACUAUGAUGAUAAAACUCACCUUCUCUGGGUCGGAUCAUUGUACACCAACACAGUGUCUGUAUAUAGAUAUCUACAGAGGAGGUACUCUCUGACUGACUAUCCAGACAGUGAGGAAGAUUACUCCAGGGGGAAAUCUGACCCUGAUGACAAGGACGCCAGGGGAAAAUCUGACUCUGAUGACGAGGACGCAUGGGGAAAAUCUGACUCUGAUGACGAGGACGCAUGGGGAAAAUUUGACACUGAAGAUAAGGAUGCUAGCAGAAAAUCUGACGCUAAUGACAAGGACGCCAGGGGAAAAUCUGACGCUAAUGACAAGGACGCUAGCAGAAAAUCUGACUCUGAUGACAAGAACACCAGGGGAAAAUCUGAUGACGAGGACGCCAGGGGAAAAUCUGAUGACGAGGACGCCAGGGGAAAAUCUGAUGAUGAGGAUGCCAGUGGAAAAUCUGACUCUGAUGACGAGAAUACCAGCGGAAAAUCUGACCCUAAAUCAUUUUGACAGCGAUGUAUUCUGGUGUAGAUAUGACAUACGAUUACCAUUACCCUUCCUUCAGCCAGUAAAUCUGAUUUACAUUUCCUCAUCUAGUGAUGAUGGACAUUGAUUACAUUUCUCCAUCUACUGAUGGUGGACACUGAUUACAUUUCCUCAUCUAGUGAUGGUGGACAUUGAUUACAUUUCCUCAUCUAGUGAUGGUGGACAUUGAUUACAUUUCCUCAUCUAGUGAUGGUGGACAUUGAUUACAUUUCCUUAUCUAGUGAUGGUGGACAUCGAUUACAUUUUCUCAUCUAGUGAUAUUGAAUAUUGAUUACCUUUCCUCAUCUAGUGAUGGUGGACACUGAUUACAUUUCCGCAUCUAGUGAUGGUGGACACUGAUUACAUUUCCUCAUCUAGUAAUGGUGGACAUUCAUUACAUUUCCUCAUCUAGUGAUGGUGGACACUGAUUACAUUUCCUCAUCUAGUGAUGGUGGACUUUGAUUACAUUUCCUCAUCUAGUGAUCGUGGACAUUGAUUACAUUUUCAUUUCAACACGAUGUGAUGUAUGGUCAUUUUUAAGAAAUAUUAAAUCAUGUAUUUUCAUAGAA